AUGGCUAGUUUCCUCAUGUGGAUGGAUUCAUCAAAAGAUACUAGAUGGAUACGGAUAGAUCAGGCCCUACCCUCUUACUCUCGGAAAAAGCUUGAAUGUGGGAAAAGUGCCCUCAUCCUAGCUGUUGAAAUGGAGAGCACAGAGUUGGUGAAAACUUUACUGGAGAAGGAUGAAAUGGAUAUUGAUGAUGCAGAUGAGGAGGGCAACACAGCACUGAUGGUGGCUGUAGAAAAUACAGUGAAGGUGUUGUGUGAGAAAGGAGUAAGGACUGAUGCUAGGAACCUUAUCACAGUUGCUAACAGAAAUUGCUCUAGUAGCAUGGAAAAUCUUCUCUGUGUGCAUAAUGCCACGUUUGUUCCUGAAACCCUCAGAGACUUGGAGCCAAAGAGCAAACCCUGGAGGGACCAGCUGAAAAAACUUAAUCAAAUAUAUCGCCCUAUGAUCGGCAAACUGAAGACAUUUCAUUACAUCGAACAGAGAAUUCAGGAAGGCAUCUACCUCAGGCUCCAUAGAGGGACAGAGGUAGCAGUAAAAGUAACCCUCAGUACAGCGGGUGAUGAAGAGAAGAGGUUCUUUGAACAAUGUUGCCACUGUGAACAUCUACUGAAGCUCUUCCAGUCUAAGAAGGAAAAAGGCUGCAUGUACUUGUGCUUCCCACUGUGGGAGAAAACCCUCCAAGAACAUCUGCAGGACCCAGAAGACCAAAAGGAUUACAAAGCUGCUCUGAAGAUGAUCUUCCAGGCACUGAGAGAGCUGUGCUCCCUUGGAUUUGCUCACCAGGCUCUGCAGCCCAGGAACUUUGUAACAGAUUUAGGUGGCAAAAUUUACUUGACAGACUUUGAUAAUAAAAGAAAGUUGACUGAAGGCCAAGAAGAACUUGUAAACUCAGAUUUAGAGACCCUCAGCAGGCUCAUGCUGUACGUUUUAGUAGGGGGUGCGAAACCCCUUCAGCAAGUCCAAAUCGAGGAUUUGGAUGCUAAAUCCCUGGAUUACAUGGAGGCUCUGACUCAUGAUGAACGAGGCUUGGAAGGUUUGAGCAAAGGGAAAGCUUUCGGCAUGUCCUACUGCAGCUAACAAAACUUCUCAUUCCACAGCAGGUUCAACUUCCUGAAGUUGAUAUGGAAUCAAAUCAAAGAUAUCAAAAACUGAGAAGCUAUUUUUCAAGAUCCUAAUGUUACUGAAAUUUGUCCUUAUCCAGAGUGGACCAAGCAGAUUGACAAAUAUAUUCUAGAUGUAAUGGAAAAUCCUGACAAUUCGAAAUCAUUCAAACCUAGAAAACAUAGCAAUUGUGGCAAAAAAUCCUUCAAAUACACCAAUGAUGUCACUGACCUAUUGAGGCUCAUCGGAAACCUGGAUGAACACAAAGAUGAAGGGAUCAGUGACAAAAUAGGAGGCUGUGCUGAGUAUUUCCUGAAGACUUUUCCAGCACCUACCAUUUAGGUCUACAACAGUUUAUGCCAGAAUCCCACAUACCGUCACCUUGCAGACAUCCAGGACCCUUCUCUGUGGGAUGUCAUUGCCUCCUGUCCCAUGCCUGAUCCCAUCGUCACUGCCUCCUUUUAUUCCUUAUUUAUUCAUCUGAAAAAGAGUUGAAGAAGUGGGUAAGGAGAUGGGAGAGAGCACAUGCAGGGACAGAGUAUGGAGGACUUAAACUAAGAAAUGAAAGAUGCUUCAGAAAUGUUUGGUGUAACAACCAUGACCUUCAGAGAGGAACCAAAGUGAGUGCCAGCCCAGGUUCCCCUUGAUGACCUACCUCUGUCCCUCUUGGUUUCUCUGCCUUUGAGAUGUGGAGAUCCAGGCCCUGACCCUUAUGGAGAAUGGGGAGAUGUGGGACAGCCCCUGGGAUACCUGACACAUUUGGGAGGCAGGAGCUUAGCAUUAUCAGACAACAUGGGACACUCUGUUAAAGAAAAAGGAAUCUGAGCUCCUUGCAAGAGCCAAUCUUCCCUGUAGCUUGCACUGAGGAACUGCUCAUCUACCUCUAGAAAGACAUGGAUUCUUUUUGGUCUUUUGAAAACACAGCAGCCAGAAAAAUGCUAUGUCUGGCUCCAGGGUUGCCCUUGGCCAUCAUCCCUCUGAUCUGGUAGAGGCACUCUCUGUCCAGCCUACUGGGACCUGAAGGACUUCCAUUUGCAGAAUGCAGGAGAUGCUUCCACAAGGAACAGAUGUAAUGAGCACGAUCCCACAAAACUCUGCUACUGAGAGUAGUCCUGACCCACCUGAAAGUGGUCAUUGACAUCAAAGGGGGCUAGAGGGACCUUUUCCUCCUAGAAAGGACAGGCUCUGCCAUGGCAGGGCUGUGUACAAGCACUCCCUGUCUCCAAAACAGUUGAUGUGUCACUGUCCUCCUGCCAGACUCAUCUCCCUUGCACAGAACUGGCGUCCAUGCAGCGAGCUUGGAGCUUUGAUAUUGGCAGCAGGGUGGCACAAACCCCUUUCCGAGAUUUCCACAGUAUGUCACGUGUGCCUGGUUGUCCACGGGCUUGCUUGUUUCUCUCCUAAUGUUCUGACUUGCAUGAUGAUUAUAUGUUGCUUAUGGAAAUAUUUUUCAGCUGUUGAAAAGAUUUUUGUUGUGGCCUUUUUUUCCUGUUUGGUUGGUUGGUUGGUUUUUCCAAACUGAGACUGUUAUUCUUUCAAUUAGCCUAUGGGGAAACACUUGAAAUAAACUUACCUGGAAAACUGA